AUGAGCAGUUUCGUCAUUACUCGAUCUCUGAAGAGCUUUAUUAGUGAUCCAAACAACACAUUUGUGGGAGUUGGAGUUGAAGAUAUCGUUUCUAAUCUACGUCAUGAGUAUGGAAUAUCAUGUUGCGAUGAUGAGAUGAAGAGGUUGAUUGAUGUACGUAGUUUGGCUAAAGAACGUUACCCCUUUAGCUUCGGUGGAAGAGCAGAGCUGAUUGGCCUCAAAACACUUGCUUAUCAAUUGGUCAAACUUCCUCGGUCGAAACCACGUAAGGAUAAUAUUGUUUAUUUAAGUCAUGAUUUUGAGUCUUUGAAGCUUGAGAAGGAGCUUGUUAAGAGUGCUUGUAUUGAUGUUUAUGCUUCGUUUAGAAUUGGUCACAAGCUAAUCAAGGAAAUCUAA